CUGUGAGACACACAGGAGGACUAAAUCCCCUUUUCACACACACUCACAGUUGAGAUGGUUCACUGAAAACCGACCCUCUGUGGACGAACUCUACGUGGACACUGAAGACAACUUAAAAAAAAAACCCAAACAUGAACAAACUUGCAAAGGCUCUGUAUGACAACACUGCAGAGUGUGCAGAUGAGCUGGCCUUCAGGAGGGGAGAUAUCGUCACGGUGAUGGAUCAAAAUGUGGCUGGCACCAGUGGAUGGUGGAUGUGCUCUUUGUAUGGGCGGCAAGGCCUGGCCCCUGCAAACAGACUGCAGCUCUUACCACAAACUGUAACCACUGCAGGCUCCUUAAGCCAUGUCAUGGAAAAACACAAAUUAACUGAUGCUAAAACCGAUGACAGUGUGCAGAAUAUCUACCAGAUCCCCAGUGUACCCCGACCCUCCAGCAACCCUGCUUAUGAACGUAUGGACAUGAUCUACAAGGUCCCGUCUACUCCCUCAUCAGCUUCAAAAAGUCCAAUCCCCUUAGCACUUAAGCAUAGCACAGAAGGACCUGAAGGAAACAAGCCUUCACUGCUCAGCCCGGCAUCCAGUCCUAAAGGAGAUGUUUACGAUGUCCCGAGCCAAGCGAGACGAGCCUCUCUUUUCAAUGCAUCAACAACUCCAAAAUAUACAGCCCGAAAACACUCACUGAUUCCAAUUUCAGAGCUGGAGAAGAGAUUUGACUCUCCGGGGAGUUUAAGGUGUAGCAGUCCAGGAGACUCUUAUACAUAUGCAGUUCCGCCACCUCUGCUUCAGGACCCAAACUAUGACAUCCCUAUUCCUUCGGCCACAGAGGCCCAACAGAAAAUAGUCAGUGGUUACAGCACCCUUCCCAACCCCUGCAAGCCUGAAUGGAUCUAUGAUGUUCCAAUGAGUUCUGAGAAACAAAAAAGUAAACCCCAAGGCACCUACGACACCAUGCCCUCCAACGCCAUCUGCAGGCAGCUCUAUGACACUCUUCCGUCACGUGCACGGCCAAUUCAAAGAAGCAGUCCAACUCCCUCACUUUAUGAUAUACCAAAACCAAGUUCUCUUGACAUCUCAAGUCCGCCCAAAGUGCUGCCAAGGGUCCCAAUUUAUGACAAGCCCCCAACUCAAAAGCUUACAGAGGAGUCAGUAUACGCUGUCCCACCCAAGGAGGAACCCCUCACCCAAGUUCUCAGUGAUCCCCCUGGUGAUCAUAUACCUCUAGAGUGCAGGGGUGACUCAAUCAGUGCUCAUGAACUCACAAGGGUGCGUCUUCAUCGGAUGAGGAACUUCCUGUCCUGUACAUCUUUCCGUGACCUUCCAGGGAGUGGGGAGUCACUGGUGCAGGAGGAUGAUGAACGAGGCAGGACCCAGCGUCUCUCUGCAGUAGACAGUCAAAGAAUCAGCACAGCCUCCAGCUCCUCCACCAGCUCCUGUGACUCUCUGGCUCUGAGCUCGUCUUCUCCGGAGCCUCUGCGAGAAGUGACACUUAGCCAGGAUGAGGCUUGCCGCAGACUUCUAGACCUACAGGAGUCCAUUUGCAGGACCGUACCCCAGCUCAUGGAAUUCGUAAGCAGUCGCUGGAGGAGCAAAGAACAUCUGGAGAAACACCUGGAGGAGAUCAAAGAAGCAGCAGAGGGGAUUGCAUGUUCUGUGACAUGCUUUCUAAACUUUGCCCUGGACAUUAAGGGCAAUGCCCGACGUUUGACUGAUGCCAACCUUCAGACCAGACUCUAUAAACAGCUGUCCAUUGUGGAGGACUCAGGUGUGAUCCUACAACAAACUGUGAGUGCUCUGAACAUGGCCGGCUGGCCCCUUAACACGCUUUGUCAGGACCCUGGGCAAGUGCAGACGCCUGACCAACUGGAGCGCUUUGUUAUGGUUGCCCGCACUGUGCCAGAGGACGUCAAGCGCCUGGUGUCCAUCAUUAAUGCCAAUGGCAAGCUUCUGUUCAGAGCUCCUCAGAAGGAUCCAGAGCCCCUUAACACCACAGGUCAGCCAGAAGCAAAGAAAAUUCCAGACAGGAGUCAACAAGGAGGGGACAUAGUGGAGGAUGACAACGACUAUGUUGAGCUACAGACAAAGAAUGAUUUUGAAAAGCAGGAAAAGGAAGUGCAGAAGGAACCAAGAGAAAAUGUGACACCAGUCUCUAACAAGGCACAGGCUGAUAACAAGCAGCAUUCCUCUGAGUCUUCUGGUGGCCCAGAAGAACAUCGACCACCUUCCCUGUCAGAGCACUGCCGGCUUUACUUUGGCGCUCUCCAUAAGGCCAUUGGAGGAUUUGUUGGCAGCCUUCAGGAUGGCCAGCCACCGGAAAAAUUCAUCUCACAAAGUAAGCUGGUGAUCAUGGUGGGCCAGAGACUGGUGGACACCCUGUGCAGGGAGGCCCAACGUGUAAAGUCCAGCCAGAGCCUUCUGUGUAAGAGCAACCACCUGUGUGCUCUCCUGAAGCAGCUGGCUGUGGCCACCAAGAAGGCCGCACUGCACUUCCCAGAUAAGCAAGCUCUGCAUGAAGCUCAAGAGUUUGCAAAGGAACUGGCCCAUAGAGCACAGCACUUUCGGAUAUCGCUUGAUAUUUGAGAGCACAAAUAUCAAGCAUACUGAUUUGUUUGUACAGCAAAAGACAUUGGUUUAUUCAUCAGUUCAUCUGUUUCCUUGCUCAUUCAUUUCAUAUUCAACAACUUUCAAGCUUCACUUGCCAAAAAGGUCAUUGUAUUACUGAAUGUUGUUAUAAUGAAUCACCUUGCUGGUUAAAAUGUUAAUAAUGUUAGAAAUAGCUGCUGAGACAAGCAGAACAAUUAAAAUAUGGAGUUGUAUUUGUACUUAAAUAAAAGACUUCAACUCAGCGGAGUUCCAAAAUAAAUUGCACAUUCAGGAUACUGUACUCAAGCCAAUUUUUAAAAUGCAAUUUAAGUAUAAACUAUAAAAUAAAUAUGUAUUAUAUAAUUUACAACAAUUUUAUAUUUUCUGAAUAUUGUUUGUUAUGUGAAUGUUUUAUGUAUUUUAUCACUUUAUUGUGUAAGAGGUAUAUUCUCCAGGGUAGCAGUUUGACACAGACUACUUUUUGUGAAUAUCUAUGUAAAUAUUCUAAAAAAUGUGUUAUGCAUUCCCACACUUUCCUCGACAAAAGACUGAAUACAACACAUGUUGGAUUUUCAUUUCUAUUAAAAUAAAAAAAACUUAAAACCCUUUAUGUUGUUUUGUUUAUGUCUGUUUGAAGCAUCUACAUAUAAACUGUAGUGAUCUCUGUAGAAACAGUCUUUAUUUAACCUUCUCUCUAUUCAAAAUAAUGAAAAAUAAAGUUAAGUUUAUACAUAUCGGUCAGUUUACGAGUCAUUGACUGUGGAAACAUUUUUAUAAUGUCUCUUAACCCUGAUGAUGUCAUCAGGGUUAGGAGACAUUAGAAGACGAGCCUACAGAUGUAUGACAGAAAGGUCUGUGGUCCCAACUGGGGCCGUGAAGUUGGAAGUACAUGCAAAAAAAAUGUGUAUUUACCAGGAAGGGAAAGCUAUUGUGGAUUGCAUUAUGGGAAAUGUAGGAUCUUAUGUUUUUGGUGCGUGAUUCAUACUGGGGACAAAAGGUCAGGAUAUCUCGGCCUCUGUUGUUUCGAUUUUUACCAUUCUUUUUCAAAUCUGUGUCUUGUGACUUCCCCAACUUUAUGGAAGUGCAAUACUAUAUCGCUGGAGUACCACUUUUACUACAUGAUAGGUCAUUGCUCAUUGAAUGGAAAUGAUCAGAGGUUAGUGUCAUUACUCAACAGGAACACUGUAGUUGGUAGUGCUUCAGUGUCUUGCUUAACCCUAUACACAAAAAUUUAGUUAAAGUUAACUUCUUACCCCACUGUUGCACCCUCAGUUACUGUACAGAACAUAUGUGAUAUGUAGCAAGAGAUUAGACUCUCAUCUUUUUGGUUAUUGUGGGCAUUUAAAAAAGAACACCCUGUCAUGGGUGGGGUUUUUUUUUGUUUUUGUUUUUAUUUUCAUCAUUCAAAAGGUUUCAGUUUCUCUGAUAAUAUUUCCAUCAUUAAACAUUUCAAUCUGUAUCCUCUAAUUAAGGUUUGUUUAUUGGUAACCUUAGGCAACAUUGUGUAAUAUAGAAUUUUUUCCCUAGGUGAUUUAUCUAAUAAAUUCUAAUUUUAUAAAACACAGAAUUAGUAUUGGGGCUUUAUAUUAUUAUCGACAGUCACAUCAUUAUAAUAUUUGUACAAUGUGCCAGGAGAAUUAUAAAAAGCAAGAUUCAAUCACUCUAUAAAUUCAUCUUGCCCUUUGCUGUGGGCUUGCACUCACAUGGCUCUGCUUCAUUUAAGAAUGAAGUACUAUAAUGGGAAGGCAGGGGCCUUCCCAUUAGUAUUAGUACCUCAUUUCAAAGUCACAGACAUGUGAUUGUGCAUUUUGAAAGUGUAGGGAUGGAAAAAAUAUGUUAUGGGUCUGAGAGUAAAAAAAGGUUGCUAUAGUAGCAGUGUUGUGCAGUAUGUACACUUCAGCAGGUUGGACACUUGAAUCUGAUUCAUUGGUUGAAGGAUGGUUGAUCCACGGCCUGUGUCUCAACUAAACCAUCUUACUGGCUGACAAAUUCAGAUAACAAAGUUUGGUAGAAGUAAAGGACAACUUGACAACUGAAUGACUGCUGCACACGCACAGUUUAUUCAUGCUGCCCCCUAGCAGUACUGAAGGGAUAUGACUCCAUUUGUCUUUUCAGGUUGAAGGAUACUCUGAUUCUCUACAUGAGACAUUUAGAAUUUACAUCAUGACUCAUUCAGUGAAGUAUACUUUUUUUUUUUCUUAUUUUAACAUCAAAGUAACAUAUUUAUCAGCAUGGAAUUUAGCUAUUUACUUCUCUUAACUUUAAAUUUUUAUUAAAUUGUAGUUAUAAAACCAAAAUGUAAAUAUCCUGGGCUGACAUCAUUAGGAGAAAAUUCUGGACUUUUAUUAACAUGUCGAUGGCAAAUGCUGUUGCACUGCUUAUAAUUACAGUCUCCAGUGACAAAAGACACAUUACUUUAUUUACUCAUAAAAACAGUAUAUCCUCAUAGUCUGCUGAGAAGGCUUAUACUGAAAAUCUAUUGAACCAUACUGCAAUGCUAUUUGCUGCAAUGGUUGGGUAGAACUUACUAUUCUUCCUAGCGUACAGUAAGUAUGGUGAGCUUUUGAAUAGACAGUCGUUUUUAGGUCUGUUGUUAGGUGACAUCCAAUUCACUUUAAACUCUUUGCUACAACAGUUGGGAAACGACCAGCUUGCUGAUUGGUUGGUUUGCACUAGUCUGGAGAUAAAACUGUGUAUCCACUUUGACCCCACCACAAAUCAGGAAACAAAACCUAAAGAUUCAAACCUCUCAAGAUAGUUCACAUCCAGCCUUUGGGUCUUAGUUGUGCUAGCAUACAUCAGCCUAUCAAAUGUAAUGUGUGAAAGAGUUACAACUUAUGAACUGCAUAUCAUAUGCCAAGGGCAAGACACUUGCUAUGACAUUAGUGAAUGUAAACUCCUGAACUUAAGAGGUGUUAAGGUCUGCGAGUUUUUUUUUGUUUGUUUUUUUUUUUUACUAUUUUGCUUCAGUCUCAUUGCUCUAAUGAUACUUGUUUUCUACAGCAGCUGUUUUCAGCAAAAAACUUGGAUAAACCCACUGUGCACUAACUGCUCAGCACCAAGCAUCACACAGACAAAAUUAGAGACUAUCUGGUGAACAUAGUGAAGCAUUUAGCAGCUACAGUACCAGUCGAAAGUUUGGACAAACUGUCCCAUUCCCUGGAAUGAGAAAGUAUGUCCAAUCUUUUGACUGGUAGUGCAGAUGUCCCACAGGAGAUGAUGGAGACCAAAACAGAGCUAAAAGCAGAGCGAUUAUUGGACUUAAAUUCAUUGGGUGCCCAGAAACAUGACUUGAAAUGAAUGUUGCUGUAUAUGUAACGUCAUUGUUUGCUGACUGUAACAACUUUAGGGGAUAAUAUGUUUACAGCUUGUUGCACUGUCCCCAAGUGGUAAAAAAAUCAAUUAAUGCAGGUUUAAGUUUUCCAAAACAUGUAUGUCUAUAAAAACAGUGUUUUAAUUCCCAACUUUUGUUGUAAAUCUGUUAAUCCAGCUAUGUUUAUUAUGCUGCUUUUGCUCUGUAUUGUGUUGGUUUAGGGUGUUGUGCUUAUCUCUUCUGCAUGAUUGUCCCUUUUGCUAAGAUGUAUAGUACUAUACAAUGUGCUUGAUAAAAAAAUGAAAAGAAAAUGAAUUAAACUCCAUCAAGGUGCUGUUGUUUAGAUCGCAGACAGACAAAUAUAACACAAUGACCUCUUUGACAAAUCAACUGAAAUGAAUCACAGAAUUUCUCUUAGUGCAGAAACGUAAUAUUGUAGAGCUACUGUCUAUCAGUUGACAGAGUGGUGGUCUGUUAAGGGAAGGUUUGGGCUUUAUCGCUUUUG